UGGAGAUUUAGCCGCCAAAGCCGCCCUUUGGGCUUCUUAGGGCCCUUCGGCCUCGCUAUCCGCCCCAGCAGAGCCCCUUCCCGCCCUUCGCAACAUGCGAGGCUUCGGAGACCGAGGCCGCGACCGGGACCGCGGAGGGUUUGGCAGUCCUCUUCCUCCCAAAAAAUUUGGCAACCCUGGAGAACGUCUGCGCAAGAAAAAAUGGGAUUUGAGUGAAUUGCCCAAAUUUGAGAAAAACUUCUAUGUUGAACAUCCAGAAGUGGCAAGACUCACUCCAUAUGAGGUGGACGAACUGAGAAGAAAGAAAGAGAUUACAGUUCGAGGAUCAGAUGGUUGCCCUAAGCCAGUAUUUGCCUUCCACCAGUGUAACUUUCCACAAUAUGUAAUGGAUGUCUUGAUGGACCAGCACUUUACAGAACCAACUCCAAUUCAAUGUCAGGGCUUCCCAUUGGCCCUUAGUGGUCGUGAUAUGGUGGGCAUUGCGCAGACUGGCUCCGGAAAAACAUUGGCAUACUUAUUGCCAGCAAUUGUUCACAUCAAUCAUCAGCCAUAUUUGGAAAGGGGGGAUGGUCCAAUUUGCUUGGUUUUAGCUCCUACCCGAGAGUUGGCCCAGCAAGUCCAGCAGGUGGCUGAUGAUUAUGGUAAAUGUUCAAGACUGAAGAGUACCUGUAUAUAUGGAGGAGCACCCAAAGGUCCCCAAAUCAGGGACUUAGAAAGAGGUGUUGAAAUUUGCAUUGCCACACCUGGACGUCUAAUUGAUUUCUUGGAAGCAGGGAAAACUAACCUUCGUCGAUGUACAUACCUUGUAUUGGAUGAAGCUGACAGAAUGCUGGAUAUGGGUUUUGAACCUCAGAUUCGUAAAAUUGUUGAUCAAAUACGGCCUGAUAGGCAAACUCUAAUGUGGAGUGCCACUUGGCCAAAGGAGGUCCGCCAGUUGGCUGAGGAUUUCUUGCAUGACUAUGUCCAGAUCAACGUGGGCAAUCUGGAGCUGAGCGCCAAUCAUAAUAUCCUGCAAAUAGUGGAUGUAUGCAUGGAAAGCGAGAAGGAUCAUAAACUAAUACAGCUGAUGGAAGAAAUCAUGGCUGAAAAGGAGAACAAGACAAUAAUUUUUGUGGAAACUAAGCGAAGAUGUGAUGACCUAACUCGAAGAAUGCGUAGAGAUGGUUGGCCAGCUAUGUGUAUUCAUGGAGAUAAGAGUCAACCAGAGCGAGAUUGGGUGCUUAAUGAGUUUCGUUCUGGAAAGGCUCCGAUCCUCAUUGCUACGGAUGUUGCAUCUCGUGGGCUAGAUGUGGAAGAUGUAAAGUUUGUGAUAAACUACGACUAUCCAAACAGUUCGGAGGAUUAUGUGCACAGAAUUGGCCGUACUGCCCGUAGCACCAACAAAGGCACUGCCUAUACAUUCUUCACACCAGGAAAUCUGAAACAGGCUAGAGAACUAAUAAAAGUAUUAGAGGAAGCCAAUCAAGCUAUCAAUCCUAAACUGAUGCAGCUUGUAGACCAUAGAGGUGGUGGCGGUGGCGGAGGUGGCCGUUCUCGUUACCGUACCAGUAAUUCUUCCAAUAACCCCAAUCUGAUGUACCAGGAAGAGUGUGAACGGAGGCUCCGGGGUGUUAAAGAUGGCCGAAGAGAUUCAAGUAGCUUCCGAGACCGUGAUCGUGGCGACAGUUUUGCUAAUGGAGCCAACAAGGGCUAUGGUAGUGCAUAUGGGAGUGCAAAUUCUGCAUUUGGGGCACAGCAGGGCCAGUAUGGUUAUGCCCAGGGAGCUUAUGGAACAGCUGCUUAUGGUACAACUGGCUACGCAGCAGAGUAUAGUGCUGCUGGGUAUGGUGGAGCCAGCACUGCCAACGCUGGGAGAAACUCACAAAGCACCAGUCAACAGCAGUAUGCAGGGAUGGGCCGUUCGGGCCAACAGCCACAACCUCUCAUGUCGCAACAGUUUCCUCAGCCUCCAGGCACCAACGUGAUGGGCUAUAUGGGACAGACUGCCAACUAUCAGUAUCCGCCUCCUCCACCACCCCCUCCCCCUUCACGCAAAUGAGACCAUUUGCUUUAGUGGUUACCAGUCAAGAUUUGCAAUUAAGAACCUCCUUCCUCCCCCCUCCCCAUUGUGAUGUUUUCCCUAUGCAGGUUAAAUGUAGAAUUCGCCACCCCAAUUCUACCCACAAAGAGUCCAGUCCACAUUACCAAUUUUGUUUUUAUAAUUAACAUUGACUGGAAAAAGUUACUUUAUACAUAUUUUAGCCUUGCAUGUUACAUAAUCUGGAAUGAUUAUUUUCUCUCUCAAAAAGAAAAAUUCUUACAGAGCAGAUAUGUCCCAGUCCAACUGUCAUUGUGCCUGAGGCUUGUGUAUGAAAACUUGCUGCAGAGAGGACAACUUCUCCGUGCUGUAAUCAUCAAGAAAGAUGGUGCUAAAGGGUGCUCCCUUAACAGAAUAUUAAAGGUGGUGUGAUUUUUGCUUACUCAAUUUAAAUUUAAGACUUUGUUUUCUACAAAAUAAUCAAACAGAAGAUUGGAUUUAGAAUUGGUGGCACAAUUUGUGGUUGUUCCAAACAUCCACUCCCCAGAAAACACAAAGGAUAGAUUUAACUUGGCUAGCAUUUCUGCAGCUCCUGGAUGUCUUGUCAGCCCUUUAGGAAAGGGAUGUAACAGUGUUGGAGAUGAGUGUUCCUUUCUGUUGUAAAGCACUUUCACUUUAGUUUUAAUCACAAGAUCUUAUUUUUAAGUUGAUUGGGUUUCUCUUUGGCUCUUAAAUCACUAGCAAUUGAAUUUCACUUGGGAUCACAAAAGAAAUCUUGCUCCAAGUGUCCACUGCUGAGGUUGAGUUUGCACUUCAGCAAAAUUUGUAAGGAAUACUACCUGGGUGCUCUCUUUCUAGAAUACUUGGUACUGACCAAGUUCAAGAUCCCACUAUACUGAUAAAAUGAUUUCCGUUUUUCUGUUUAAAAUUUUAAAGAUUUCUUUUAGUUUGAAUAGAAUCUGAACCCUUCUUCUUGGGGAGGAGGAAGAGAUGGCUAAUACUGUAUGUCUUGGAGCUGCAUUCAUAUCCUGAUCUGAAUAGGGCUUUCCUUGGCUUUUGAAUUGAAUUUCUUCAGCUGUCUUUAUGCUCAGCUUUUACAGGUAGGUAGCAUUGUAGGAAAUGUUAGGGAAGGAUGGAACUUUAAACACUUCCAUCCAAUCUUAAUGUGUUUUUUUUUCAAGCUAAGCAAGAUUUUAGGUGGGCUGGGGGCUGGGUGGGGGCAGGAUUCUCUUUUGAGUAUUAAGGGUUAUGUCUUGUGACUUAGCAGAAGGGUUGGUAGUAACUGGCUUUUGUAAUGCAUCACCUGGGAUGUUGAAAGAACAUGGGAAGAGAUCGCAGAUGUUUGUGAAUGCAGUGUUACCCUCUGUUUUGGUAAAUAAAUAGCUUAGCCAAAUAAGACAGCCCUGUUACAGCAAUGUGGAGCUGGCUUAUUAAAAUGGGGUUUUGAUAUGGGUUCCUUAGCCAUCUGGGGGAUGAUAAAUCAGUUGUUUGUCUUCACAAUAUACAGGUAGGUUGUUGCCACAGGCUGGGAGGGAAACAUUUGCCAGUUUUUAAAAUUCCUCUUGCCUCUCUUCUGUAACUGUAAGUUGGCAAAAGGAGAAGUCUGGACAGUGAGCAUCAAUGCUAAUAAGAUAAGAAAUGAACAUUCAUUUUCUAAACACUUGUGUAAUCUGUUUCCUUCCUGAAAAACCAGUAUGGAGCAAUUUUGAGUUCAUGUGGAAUUUAAUUACAAGCAUAGGGUAUGUGGGGAGAAGGCAUACUUCCUAUUGUCCUUAAAGGAGUUUUAGGAAAGUCAGGACUGCUGUAUGGUCUUAGUAUUUAGCAGUCUUUGCAGGCAUAAAAUUGUGUUGGGUCUUGCAGUGCUUUAUUAUACUAUGAAGUCAACUAUAGCCCAGAGUCUUACAUGUUUUGUCAGGGUAUUAGCCAACCAUUGAAUGCUCUGUGGCAUAUACUACCCAUGACCUGCCUGGUGCUGCUUAGUUCCACUUACCAGCUAAAGAGUCCUGCUGACAACAUGGUCACGUCUAUUGUUUCCAUAGUAAACAUUUGUAAAAGUACCAAUCCAGCAUUUCUUUCCUUUCAGAUAAAUCACCUUGGGCUUUGUUCUGUUGAAAAUAUUUAGACUCUAAACUUUAGAGGCUUCUUUGGGUGGGAUCAGUGCUCCGUUUCAACCCUUGCUGAUAUUUGAACACAUUCCUAUUGUAUUAACAAAGACUUGAAUGGAGAGAUUCAUAGCUCGGUGGUGUUCAGGCACAGCAUACUAAAAAGCUAUGUUAUUAUUAGUUUGUAAAUUGUCCUUUUGAUACCAUCUUGUUUUCUUUUGUAGGUAUGAAUAAAACACUGUUGUCAAUAAAA